CCUGUUUUUAUACUUGGGAUGGUCUGGCUACAACUUUAAUUUCCAUGACUCACCAUUGUUGAUCAUCAGCUCACGAUGAUCAUCUACAUUAUCGACCUUUAUGUUAAGAAGGAGGUAUAGAAAACUAAAUAUUGUAAUAGGGAUCGAUUCGCGCUGAUCUAUCAUUUUUUUUUAAUCUUUGUUAAUUAAAUGUAUAUUCGAAUUGCUGAAAUUUUACAAGAUUAGUUGACGAUGACAAAGAGUAUUCACAAAAUAAUCCUAUCAAAUUACGUAAAUUGGCGAUCGUAAAUACACUUUCAUAUCGCCUGAUAUCCUUUUAGUUAAUUACCUCAUACGUGUAGUUUUUUUUUUUUUUUUGUAUGUUUGGGCACCUCCCAACUAAAGGUACACCAAAACGGUCCAGAAUAUAUUGGUUGCCGUCGCCGGAUUUAGUCAUGUUCUUCGUCCAAUAAUGCCCUAGCUAGAGAUCAAAUUAAUUUCGUUUUAAAAGGAUCUGUUGUAUUUGUUUUACACAAAAAUACUCAUCUAAUGCUGAUACAUAUCGUUAAUAAUAGAAUUAAUCAACUCCACCGUCCUAACCGGCUAAAGAUAGGGUACAUAACCAUGGGUUAUGCACCCAUCAAUAACCAAACCUGGACCCUUUAUUUAGAAAAUUCAGACUUAAGGAAGGAGAAUUAAAGACCAUUUUAUUUUUUUAGCUUUCUUAAUUGACUUAUAUCCUUUUCGUUUUAACUCGGAUUUUAAUUUUUUUUUGCACAGAUGGAACGAGUUCAUCGUGCUCUACAAAAUGAGAUCAAUUUUCAAUAUUUUUUGAGGAAAAAAAAUUAUGGCCUCUCGGUACCAACUGCAUACCAUAUGGUAUCUUCUUUGUUUUUAAUUCGUUUUUUAAAAAGUUUGCACAGAAGGGACGAGUUAAUCAUGAUCUAUUGGAUCUACAAAUUUCUGGGUGAACAAAUUACAGGACCAAAAAAUACCACACAAUACCAUACAAUACCACCCUGGUACGGGAUGGUAUUGUAUGGUGUCUUCUUCGUUUUUAAUUCGUUUUUGAAAACGUUUGCACAGAAGGGACGAGUUCAUCAUGAUCUAUCGGAUCUACAAAUUUCUGGGUGAACAAAUUACAGGACCAAAAAAUACCACACAAUACCAUAAAAUACCACCCUGGUACGGGGUGGUAUUGUGUGGUAUACAAUGUUAAAAGUCGUAAAUGACAAUUAAUAUACUUCUACUAUCAUGUAUUCAACCAUCCUACAGUAUUGGUUUGUUCAUACCACCAUGGUACGUUUUUCAAACCAUAGGUAUGCUUUUAUUUCAAUACCGGUCAAUACCAUAUGGUAUAGACUGGUAAAAAAUGGCUCAAUUUUUUUGUUCGAAAAUAUAUUAAAGUGAAUAUCAUUUUGAAGAGCACAAUUAAUCUGAUCUAACUGUGCAAAAAAAUUUAAAUUUCGACUUAAAAUGAGUGAGAAAUCGUCCGUCAAAGAUUAAAGAGGGGAAAAUUAAAUGCUUUCCAGGAGAGAGAGGAUGUUGAUGUAAUGCUGAUGUGGACGAGUUACUCAUGGUUACUCACCAUAAGGUUACUGACCUGAUCCAUUCUCGAGCUCAACAACAAUAGAAGUACUUUGAUGUAUAAUGAUUUUUCGCAUUUAUCUCAACUCCAAUUUUUCAAUUAUUUCCAUAGAAAUGUGAAACUAGGUUAUGCACUCUCCAACAUUAGUACUCUAAUUGGUAAUUAGGCAUCAGCCAUAGCCGGGAGCAGAUCCGGUGAGUAAAUUUGUGGUGAGUAACCCCAUGCAUAACCCAAUAAAAAUCUGCCCCAUUAGCGCCUCAUUCUCUCUUGAAAAAAUCAUUAAUUUUCUCUCUUAAUCUUUGACGGACGAUUUCUUACUCGUUUUAACUCGGAAUUUAUUUUUUUGCACAGUUAGAUCAGAUUAAUUGUGCUCUUCAAAAUGAUAUUCACUUUGAUAUUUUUUGGAACAAAAAAAAUUUGCCAGUUAUUACCAGUCAAUACCAUAUGGUAUUGACUGGUAUUAAAUAACAGCAUACCAUAUGGUAUGAAAAAUACCACCUCAUACCAGGGUGGUAUAGUGUGGUAUGGAGUUGGUAACGAUUCAAAAUGAUAUCCACUUUGAUAUUUUUGGAACAAAAAAAAUUUGUCAGUUAUUACCAGUCAAUACCAUAUGGUAUAGUCAAUACCAUAUGGUAUUGACUAGUAUUAAAUAACAGCAUACCAUAUGGUAUGAAAAAUACCACCUCAUACCAGGGUGGUAUAGUGUGGUAUGGAGUUGGUAACGAUUCAAAAUGAUAUCCACUUUGAUAUUUUUUGAACAAAAAAACUUUGUCAGUUAUUACCAGUCAAUACCAUAUGGUAUUGACUGGUAUUAAAUAACAGCAUACCAUAUGAUAUGAAAAAUACCAGUCAAUACCAUAUGUUCGAAGGGGAUGCUAAGGUCAUUAUUGACAAAGUCAAUCAGGCUGCGACCAGGGAUAACAGGAUUGGGGUGGUUCUGGAAGAGAUUGUGCGGUGCUUGGGGAGUCAUAUGGGUUUUAGUAUUCGAUUUGUUGGUCGGGAUAGCAAUAGGGUAGCCCAUAGGGUGGCUAGAAAGGCCCUUACUUUAUAUCCGGCUUCUUGUCGAUUGUUUGAUUUUCAGGCCUGGCUUCGAUCCAGGAUGUAACUAUCUUUUGAUUCAAUAUAUGAGUAUCUUUUGUCAAAAAAAAAAAAAAAAUACCACCUCAUACCAGGGUGGUAUAGUAUGGUAUGGAGUUGGUAACGAGAGGUAUGAAACUUUUUCCCCCAUAAAAUUAUGAAAUUCAAUAGAUCAUGAUUAAAUCUUUCCUUUUGUACAAAAAUUUCCGAAAAUGACUAAACAACGAAGGAGAUACCAUAUGGUAUGGAGUUGGUAACGAGUGGGAUGAAAAAAAUUUCUCAAAAAAUAUUGAAAAUGGAUAUCAUUUUGUAGAGCACAACGAACUCGUUCCAUCUGUGCAAAAAAAAAAAAAUUGAAAUCAGAGUUAGAAUGAAGAAGAUAUGAUCCAAUUAAAAAAACUAGGGAAAAUAAAUUUCUUUAAUUCUCCACCCUUGGAUCUGCAGUCACUUAAAAGAAGGGUUCAGAUUUGGUUACUCGUUGUUACUCACCCUAAGGGUACGGCUCAAUAACCAAAUCUGGACCCUUCAUUUAGAAAAUCCAGAUCUAAGGAUGGAGAAUUAAAGAUCAUUUUUAUUUUCCCUAGCUUUUUUAAUCAGCUCAUAUCUUUUUUGUUUUAACUCGGAUUUUAAUUUUUUUUUUUUGCACAGAUGGAACGAGUUCAUCUUGCUCUACAAAAUGAGAUCAAUUUUCAAUAUUUUUUGAGAAAAAAAAUUCUAGCCUCUCUGUACCAACUGCUUACCAUAGGUAUGUUCUUAUUUCAAUACCAGUCAAUACCAUAUGAUAUAGACUGGUAAAAAAUGGCUCAAUUUUUUUUUGUUCAAAAAAUAUAUCAAAGUGGAUAUCAUUUUGAAGAACACAAUUAAUAUGAUCUAACUGUUAAAAAAAAAAUAAAUUUUGACUUAAAACGAGUGAGAAAUUGUCCAUCAAAGAUUAAGAAGGGGAAAAUUAAAGACUUUUUAGGAGAGAGGGAUGCUAAUAUCAUGCUGAUGCGUGCUGGUUACUCAUGGUUACUCACCAUAAGAUUACAUCCAUUCCCUAAGGUUACUCACCCUAUCAGCCACCUAACCAAUUGAUCAGAAAGAAGAAGAAGAAAAAGAGGUUACCAACUUGGAUAAUAUAUCAACUACCCCUUUUAACUUUUGUCGUUUUCCACCAUCCCGAAUUACACCACGGGCAUAUUCCCUUUGAGAAUUGACCUAUUGUGUCCCGUUACCCUCAACUUGUUACAGUAGUUAAUGUAUCUUAAUAUCCAAACCGCACUUCCAAAUAAAAACGUGGCGAAUCUAUCUGUAAGCAAGAGAUAAUCACUAGACAAACGUACCAAAAGCAAGAGAAAAAGUGAAGCAGCUAGCUAGAUAAUUAUAAGAAUAAAUAGUCGUGGGCGGCCGGAGUAAAACCUAAAGGCAAGUACUGAUGCAGCUUCCAAGUGCAUAUAUAUGCAUGCACGGGAAAAUUAAUGGCCGUGGUACUGGCAAUCAAUUAAGGCCCCCCGCCGGCGGCCUGCCUUUUGCAACGGUAAUUCCUAAAAAUUAUACAUAGAGGCCGUAAUAAUCCCACUGAAAAUAGAAACGUGAAGCUAAUAUAAUUAAUUAAGCUAUAUAUUAAUCCACCGAAGUGGAUGAGAUAAAUGAUUAAGUGAUUGUGGGCGGCCGGAAUUAGGCAACGUGUGCAUAUAUAUUGGGCUUUCCACCCAAAAAGUGGCAAUAUCGUGCAUGCAUGGGCAUGGCAAUUGGCCAGAGUGGCGGUACUCAGUAAAAUUAGGUCCUAGUUUCCUACAUGCACGAAAUUGCCCAAGUAGCCGCCGGUCCUAAUGACUAUAGUAUUUCAGUUUAUUUUAACAAUACAAAUCAAGUUACAUAAGUUGAAAUUAUACUCAAAUUAUCAUAGGAGGUUCAGGUCCCCAAGAAUUACUUGUUAGGUUUGCGGUAGAGAUACGUGUAGUUCAAAAUGGGCUACAAUUUUCUUUCAAUUUUUUAUGUAAGAGAAUAAUUUGUGUAUUCGUAU